AAAAAAAAAAAUUAUUGGCGUGUAUUAACAAACGGUAAACGCGCGUGGAAUAAACAUGUAACUAAAAAGAUGUAGUGCUAACAUAUAAUAAAGCGAUUAUAGCAGCGUAACAACCAAGUUGAAGUAAGAGGUAAGAAGUUAUGUUUGGCGGCGGUGAUUUUUGUCUGAAUCGAUGUUCAUCAUUAUCCAUCCCCAAAACCACCCACUCCACCGCCACCACUUCCCUCCAAAACCACCGCCAACUCAACCUCCAUCACGCCCCUCUUCUAUCUCUUCCCAAACCCAAAUCCCACCACCGCCACUUCCUCUCUUCCACCUCCUCCCUCUCUCGGCACACUCUCUCCAAAUCCAAACCCCCCAGUGUCAAUGAUAUUAAUUCCUUAAUCUCUUUGCUUCACCUUUCAGUUCAGUACUCCGACGCUGACCUGGCAAAAGCUGUUCAUGCUUGUUCUGUCAAGUUCCAAGAGGACACCCAUCUGGGUAAUUCUCUAGUUUUAGCAUAUCUAAAGCUGUGCCUUUUUAAUCAUUCUUUCAAAGUUUUUACCUCUCUUUCUUGCCCCAAUGUAGUAACUUACUCUUCGUUAAUUUCGGGUUUUGUGAAAUCAAAUCAAGGAAACAAAGCGAUAAAACUUUUUAUGAAGAUGAGGAAUGAAGGUAUUGAUCCUAAUGAGUUUACUUUCGUCUCAAUUUUAAGUGCUUGUAUGAGAGUUUCGGAGUUAAAAUUGGGUUUUGAAGUUCAUGGUUUGAUUAUCAAAAUGGGUUUUUUGGAUAGUGUUUUUGUAGCCAAUGCUUUAAUGGGAUUGUAUGGGAAAUUUAAUGGGGGUUGGGGGUUUGUUUUUAAGAUGUUUGGUGAAAUGCAUCAAAGAGAUGUUGCAUCAUGGAAUACAGUGAUUUCAAGUUUGGUGAAGGAAGGGAUGUGUGAGAAAGCGAUUGAAUUAUUUCGUGUAAUGCAAGGAAUUGGUUCAUUUAGAGCUGAUUUUUUCACAAUUUCGGCUGUUUUGAGUGCUUGUAAAGGAAGUAAUGCUUUAAUGAAUGGCAAAGAAGUUCAUGCUCAUGCUAUUAGAAUUCGAUUAGGGGGUAAUUUGAGUGUGAACAAUGCGCUUAUUGGAUUUUAUACUAAAUGUGGUAGUGUAGGAGAUGUGGUGGCUUUGUUUGAAGGCAUGCCAGUUAAGGAUGUUAUUACUUGGACUGAAAUGAUUUCAGCCUAUAUGGAAUUUGAGUUGGUGGAUUUGGCCACGGAGGUUUUUGACAAGAUGCCAGAGAAGAAUUGCAUUUCUUAUAAUGCCCUUAUGACGGGAUUUUGCAGAAAUGGUGAAGGUUUGAAGGCAGUAAAGUUGUUUAUUGAAAUGGUGAAGGAAGGUUUAGAGUUAACAGAUUUCAGCUUGUGUAGUGUUAUCAAUGCUUGUGCAUUAGUCAUGGAUGCAAAAACUAGUGAGCAAAUUCAAGGGUUUUAUGUCAAGUUUGGUCAUCAAUCAAAUGUUUGUGUUGAAGCAGCAUUGUUAGAUAUGUGCAUGAGGUGUGGAAGGAUAGCAGAUGCUGAGAAAAUGUUUCAAAUGUGGCCAUUUGAGCAAGAUAGCUCUGUUGUUUGUACAUCAAUGUUAUGUGGUUAUGUUCGAAAUGGACAACCUGAUGAUGCAAUCUCCUUUCUCGUUAGAUGUCAACUAGAAGGAAAAAUGGAUAUGGAUGAAGUAACUGUAACUUCCGUACUUGGUGCAUGUGGAACUUUAGGAUUUGAAGAGAUUGGAGAACAAAUCCAUUGUCAUGCUGUUAAAACUGGAUUUGUGUCUGAUUUAGGGGUGUUAAAUUCCAUGAUUAGCAUGUAUGCCAAAUGUGGAAACAUGAAUGGUGCAAUCAAAGUUUUCAACAUUAUGCCCAUUCAUGAUGUAGUUUCAUGGAAUGCUUUAAUUGCUGGCCAUACUCUUCAUAGGCAUGGUGAUGAGGCUCUGGCUGUUUGGUCUGAGAUGGAGGAGGCAGGCAUAAAGCCAGACGCGAUUACUUUGAAUUUAGUUAUUUUGGCCUAUCAACAUACAAACUUGAAUUUAGUUGAUAACUGCCGUAGGUUAUUUCUCUCCAUGAGAACCAACUAUGACAUUGAGCCUACUUCACAGCAUUAUGCUUCCUUUGUUAGUGUUUUAGGGCACUGGGGUCUUCUUGAAGAGGCAGAGGAAAUGAUUAAUAAGAUGACUGUUGAGCCAAAGGCAUCUGUUUGGCGUGCUUUGCUUGACAGUUGUAGGAUUCAUUUGAACACAACCAUUGGGAAACGAGUGGCAAAGCACAUACUUUCAAUGCAGCCACAAGAUCCCUCAACAUACAUACUAAUGUCAAAUCUAUACUCUGCAUCUGGGAGAUGGCAUUGCUCUGAAAUGGUCAGAGAGGACAUGAGAGAAAGGGGGUUUCGGAAAAAUCCUGCUCGAAGUUGGAUCAUUCAUCAGAACAAUGUACAUUCAUUCUAUGCAAGGGACAAAUUACAUCCCCAAGCGACGGACAUCUAUAGAGGGUUAGAAAUACUAGUCUUAGAAUGCCUAAAAGCUGGAUAUAUUCCAGACACUAGCUUUGUUCUUCAUGAGGUUGAGGAGCAUCAGAAGAAACACUUCUUACUCUAUCAUAGUGCAAAGCUAGCAACAACAUAUGGGCUUUUAAUGACCAGGCGAGGAGAACCCAUACGGAUUGUCAAGAACAUCCUUCUGUGCGGAGACUGCCAUACUUUUUUGAAAUUUGUUUCUGUCAUCACGAGAAGAGAGAUUUUUCUGAGGGAUCCGUCAGGAUUUCAUUGCUUUCGGAAUGGACAGUGCUCCUGUAAAGAUUAUUGGUGAUUGAUCUUUGCUAUAUUGCAAAUUCUGUAGCCUCAUUCAAUGUUUUAGUACAUGCUGAAAAAUUUUCACACAUCUUUGGCUUUUUUCAUAAGUUUGAAGCCACUGUUCUCAGAAAUGUAUUCAAUGUAUAAGUUUUGUAGAAAAUCAUGUAAAAGUUUAUUUGAAAAAGAAGAAAUUUAUAUUUCCUGUGUAAAAGAUAGCAUUUAAAAGUUACAAGCCCUAGGAUAGUCGAGCCACUGUUAGGGGAGGAUUCAAAAGGCUCAAUGGGGUAUCUAUGACAACUUUUAAGAUUGGAAAAUAAAAAAAUUUGAAAAAAAAAUUUCCCUCCUGAAAAUUUUCUAUGUAUAUUCUUUUCGUUGAUAAUAUUUCCCACCAGUGGGCACUGUACAAUAGAUGCGUCCUGGUGCUAAUUUUGAAAAGUUAUGUGUCACCAAUUAGUGAUGUUUUAAGAUGGAAGUCAUUUUCUAUGGUGAUUUGGGUGGAAGGAAAUAUUAACGAAGAUACCGACAACGACAGGGCAUACAUAAUAAUGCAGAGGAGAGUGCUGCGUGUAAGAAUUUACGGAGUAUUACUAGAAUAAAAGGUAUAAAAGAUAAGAACUUAAAGCCACAAAUUGGAGUUUGAAAAUGACUCUUGUGGUCUCACUAUAUUAACCCUCU